UUUUCUACUUUUUGCGCUUGUGAAUUAUUUCUAGUAAUAUGUUCAGUCUUUCUAUUUACUUGAAAGGAGUGUUACAUUCAAAAAGAAAGUGAGAAAAAAACGAUCAUACCAGUGAGUAAUUUUGAAAAUAACAUAUUAUUCAUUGAGUUAUCGAAUUUCAAACGAGCAACAAUAUGCGUAUAGAACACAAAAUACACAUACAUCAAGCAAAAAUGAGUCUAACGGACGUAUUAGAGAUGCCGCAACCAAAAUUCAGUUUACGCGAUGCGGAGGCUUAUACGGAGGAUGAUAUUUUGAUUUAUACUAUUUGCUUAGACAAUAUACCAAAAGAGCUUACUGAGACGGAAAUAUACGAAUUCUUUACGUCUUACGGCCCUAUAAAAGAAUUAAAACUGUUUCCCAGAAAAAAUGGUAGGAGGUAUGGCUUAAGACGAGGUACACUUCAAUUUCUCCGCUCAUUUUCUGCCUGCAGUGUCAUCAGAGACAAAAGAAUCGUUCAUAUUAAAGGACAUCUAAUAACUGUCGAACCAGACGGUACCUGGAAUCAACCUGAUCAUGAUAAGUUGGUCAAUACUGAGCAGCCCAUAUUUCAGAAUGAUUUACAAGUUUUAGAAAAUACUACUACAAUACAUGCAAUAAAUAAUGAUUGCCUACAAAUUAUUUUAAAAAAUUUAACCCUACCCGAACAAAUUCGUUUCGGUCGCGUGUGUGAGUGGUUUGCUGAUGCUUUUAGUUCAUAUGCAAAAAGUCGUUAUAAAACAUGUGAUUUGAAUGUGCUCAAUUCUAUGACUUUAUGGUAUGCACGCGACUUCUUUCGAUUUGCUGGUGCCAGUUUUGAACGCUUCAAUGGUAGUCUGUACUGUGAGCGUGGUCUUGAGUACGUUGACUAUAUUCAAGAGUACUGUUCACGAUUAAAGGAAUUAAACUUAGUCAACUUCAUCGUACAUGAUGAAUUUAUUGAAACCCUUUUACAUCUAACACAGUUGGAGAAAUUAACACUCAUUGACAAUCUAGAGAUAACGGGUAAAUAUAUCAGCGAAUUUGUUAACUUAAGGGAGCUCUCUUUGUGUGGUUGUGGCUUGAAGGUGGUACAUAUGAAGGAAAUUGUACGCAAUUUACCCAAUUUAACGGUACUUGACAUGACCCGCACUACCAUAGUGACAACGGAUCUAAUAGACGAGAUGGUGAAAUUUUGCCAAAAACUGACAGUUUUCAAAUUUGCAAUAAAAAACUACAGUUAUUAUCGUGUGGCACAUUUGCCAAGUAUUAAAUACUUAGAAAUAGUAGAAGAUCACAGCGGGAGUUCAGAAUUAUCUCGCACACUUCAAGAAUUGGCCAUACAUAGAGCCGAUGAAAUGGAAAUUCUUGCAUUUUUCUCAAGAAGUAAAAUCACAGAAAAUGAAGUAAAGUCAAUAGCGAAAUUGCAGAAACUAAAAGUACUCGAUUUCGGUUAUAGCGCCAUCAACGAUAGCAUGGCGGCUAUGCUUUGUGAUUUAAAAGAACUCGAAGAGUUAUCAAUUAGACGCGGUAUGGACUUAACCAACCAAGGCUUAUAUCCAUUGGUGAAAUAUUGCCUACGACUAUAUCAUUUGAAUAUUGAGGACUGCAGAGAAGUUUCCAUGGUUUUCGCGAUUGAAAUAAUACCUUUGUUGAAAAGUACUAAACAUUUGCGAAAUAAACCGUUAUUGCUUUACGCAAAUGGCUCACGAAUUAGUUCAUAUUAUUUAAAUAGUGUUUAUCAAUACAGAUCGGCUGCGUUAAACACACUUAUAGAAAUCAUAUUUGAUGAUCCGCCUCCGCAGUACCCUGAAGAUGUCAAUGAUUGCUACAGAAAAUAUCGUUAUAAUAAUUUCUUGUCCUCGUAUAACAUAAUAAAUUAAUAUAUUUCAAAUAAAUUAAUAAGAACAUUUCAAUACAAAUAGUGCUGUGACGAUAAACUCUAGAAAAUAGUUAAUGAAAAUAAAGUAUUAAAUAAAAA